GGAACACAGGAGACCUGAUGCCACUGAAAGAGGAGAGUCAAGAACUGAAUGAAAUGGAAGAGAAAGAUGAUUUCAUGACUGGGGAAAAAUCUUUUACUUACUCGCCGACUCAAAAAACAGAAACCAGAAACCUUGAAUUCCAGAUGAGUGUUCACACUGGAGAGAAGCCUUAUGUCUGCCAACAGUGUGGAAAGAGUUUCAUUCAAAAAGACAGCCUUAAAGCCCACAUGAAAAUUCACAGUGGAAAGAAGCCUUACACCUGCAAACAGUGUGGGAAGAGUUUCUCACUAAAAGUAAACCUUACCAGUCACAUGAGAAUCCAUGCUGGAGAGAAGUUAUUCAUCUGCUCUCAGUGUGGAAAGAGUUUUAAACAGAAAAAGUACCUUAAUGCCCACGUGACAAUUCACAGUGGAGAGAAGCCUCACACCUGCAAACUGUGCGGGAAGAGCUUCACGCGAAAAGAAAAUCUUACAAUUCACAUGAGAAUUCACACUGGAGAGAAGCCUUACAUUUGCCAACAGUGUGGGAAGAGCUUUACACAAAAAGAAAGUCUUAAAAUUCACAUGAGAAUUCACACCGGAGAGAACCCGUUCAUCUGCUCGCAGUGUGGGAAGAGUUUCAAACAGAAAAAGUACCUCAAUGGCCACAUGACAAUUCACACUGGAGAGAAACCGUUUGUUUGUGAUCAGUGUGGAAAGAGUUUCAGCUAUAAAGCGCACCUUGAUCUUCACAUGAGGAUUCACUCAGGAGAGAACUGUUUUAUAUGUCAUCAGUGUGGAAAGAGUUUCUCACACAGAUCAAACUUUGAUAAUCACUUAAGAAUUCACACUGGAGAGAAGCCUUUCACCUGCCCUCAGUGUGGAAAGAGCUUCAUGACGAAAGGAAACCUUAAGAUUCACAUGAGAGUUCACACUGGAGAGCAGCCUUACAAGUGUGUUCAGUGUGAAAAGAGUUUCACAUAUCACACAAACAUGAAACGGCAUUUGCAAACUCAUUCUGGAAAGAAAUUCUAAACCUCAUGUCACACUGAGGAAAAUGGCAAUUUCAACAAUCAUCUGCAAAUUCACUCUGAAGAAAGACAAUUCAGUUGUGAUCAGUCUAAUUAAAACAUCACAUUAGUAUAUUCAUAUGAAAAAUCAUGUAAAUGGGAGAACCUGAUUGUGUUCUUUGUUAAGUCCUAUUCGGACAGGAUUAGUUUUACAUGGAGAGGUGGGAUAAAAAAAGUAUUACCAGAGCUUCUCAGUGAUUUUAGUCCCAUCUAAAUGUGCAAUGUCUGUAAAGAUUACAGCGACAUUCUCUACAAAGAUCAGGGAUCCCACACUUGGCCACAUGUCCUUUCCUUUCCUAAUCCUAGCUUUCCACGGUUUUUACAAGUAUGGAGGCACUUGAAAAAGCAUUCAGUUGCAUUCCAGGCAGUGGGACAAGUCUGUGGCAAACCUCAAGUGUUUUCAGCAUUCAGAUCAAUAAGGUGGUCAAAAGCACUUGUUAGAGGCACAAAACUUCUUUUAGCUUUAGGUAAGUGCGUAUUACCGACAGCAUCCUGUCACGAAUCCGGUCUAUAAACUUCCGUUCACUCACCACCAGACCAGAGGUCACCCGCUCUAUGGAUG